AGAGUAUAAAUGUUUUGCAAGGUCAGUCCAUGGACCAGUUAAGUAAAAAAUGAGUGGAAAUACCACAAAGUAAUGAAAAAAGUGGGCUACAAUACUGGAUGUGUUUGCUGAGUUUUUAAAUCUCUAGAAUGUCGUUCUUGGGCUACACAGCUCUGCUCUUGUGUUGGCUGCAUUGUGCUGCACAGAGAGCCUGUGAAGAACCUCCUCCUAGGAGGGUAAAAGAAGUGCCUACUAAAAGAUGGGAGAAUCCUCCCUAUCCACAUGGGACACAAGCAACAUACAAUUGUCGGCCUGGAUAUGUAAAAAUUGGAAGAGUUGCUUUUCGGUGCGAUGAUGGGGUGUGGAAGCAGCUGGCCCCAGUGGUAGAAUGCAGAAAUAAGCCCUGUGGACAUCCUGGAGACACUGAGUAUGGUUUCUUUGAACUUACCAGUGGAAGUGAAUUUGUGUUUGGUGCCAGAGUUGAGUACAGAUGUAACGAUGGAUACCAGAUGCUCAGCCAAAGGAAUUACCGUGAGUGUCAUGCAGAUGGAUGGAGCAAUGACAUCCCUCACUGUGAAGUGAUAAAGUGUUUACCUGUACAAGAACCUGAAAAUGGAAGGAUAAUUAUGACUGGUGCAUUUGAGCUAGGCCAAGAAUAUUCCUUUGGCCAGGUUGUAAAUUUUGAAUGCAAUGCAAACCACAAGCUUGUUGGAGCUAGAGAAAUUGUUUGCUCUGCUAAUGGAAAAUGGAGUAAUGAUGUGCCUCAGUGCAAAGAAAUUUCCUGUGACGUGCCAGAAAUUCCGCAUGGGUAUGUCCGUUCUCCAAAGAGGUCUUACAAGGAAAAUGAAAUAAUGCAGUUUUUCUGUAAAGAAGGAUACAAAUAUGGUAACAGAGCAGAUGCACUGUGCACUGAAUCAGGAUGGAAUCCACCUCCCUAUUGCAUUGAAAUUAUAUGUUUUCCUCCUGAAAUUUCCUCUGGGAACUUUAGACCUCAAAAAGACAAGUACACACUGGGUAAUACAAUCUCAGUAGAGUGUGAUGCUGGCUAUCAUUUUAAAGUGAUGACUGGCAGUGGUGCCACAGCUGAAUGCACCAAGAAUGGCUGGACGCCUGAGCCAGCUUGUGUCCGGAAACCGUGUGACUACCCAGUUAUAGAAAAUGGCAGGUUAAGUAGUUCAUAUGAGUACAACAGAUAUUAUUACUUCCCAAGAAGAUUUGGAGAGACUGUAGAUUACUACUGCCUCAAUGACUAUUCAACCCCCACUGGAGCAUUCUGGGUUCGAAUUACCUGUUCUGAAAUGGGCUGGUCUCCACAGCCAAAGUGCCUGAAAAAAUGUUUUGUCAGAGAGCUGGAAAAUGGUUAUUUCCCAGGCUGGAACGAUUUUUACAAGGAAGGUGAAAGAGCCAGGUAUGUCUGCCACAAUGACUACCAAGCUCAGCAUAAAGAAGUCACGUGCACAAGGAAUGGCUGGGCACCUCCUCCAAGAUGUAUCCGUACAAAAAAAUGCCAGAGUAUCGAUUUUGAAAAUGGCUAUUUGAACUCACGCAGGGCAAUAUUCAAUUUAAAAGAGAAGGUCUCAUAUCGAUGUCACAUUGGCUUUGUGACUCCAGAAGGACAAGAAACAGGACACACACAGUGCCAAGAGAGUGGCUGGACUCCACCUCCAAAGUGCAUCAAAUCAUGCCAAGUGCCAGGGUACAUUCUGAUUCACCAUACAAACAAAACUGUGUUCAUGCCCGAAGAUACAAUUGAGUAUUCAUGUUUGGAAGGAUACAAAACUAAAAAUAACAUGCCAACUGAUACCACAAUGUGUGGCAGAAAUGGGGAAUGGAGUCCAGCACCCCAGUGUGAUGAAAUCAGAUGUGUGUUGCUGCCACUGAGCAAUGGAGAGUUCUCUCCUAAAGAGAGCAGAUACCUCAGUGGGGAUGUUGUGAAAUUUACCUGUGCAAAAAACUACAUAAGGGUGGGACCUGCCUCUACUCAGUGCUACCACUUUGGAUGGUUUCCAUCACCACCAGUGUGUAAAGCGAGUGUCAGAGGCUGUGGACCUCCCCCUGAGAUUGCCAAUGGAAGUAUUGUUGAUGGCUCCGUGGAACAGUACCAGCAUGGGGAGAGAAAGCAAUAUGAAUGUGAUGGCACAUUUAAGUUGGUUGGAUCAAAGGAAAUAGAAUGUAUUGAUGGACAGUGGUCAUCUCCUCCCUCUUGCAUUGAAGACAAAAUGCCAUGUGAAUCACCUUCCUCUAUCCCCAAUGUUGUUCUGAGUGAGGCAGACCAGACCCAUUAUUCACAUGGGGAUGAAGUAACUUGUGGAUGUAAACCAGUCUCUGACAAUACUGAGAAAAUGAAAAUAACAUGUCUUAAUGGAGAAUGGAAGCCUUUACCUGUUUGUGCUGAUGCAUUCCCUCAGUGUGUAAUUCCAGAGGAUGUUAAGCUGGUGCACUCUGCCCAGUAUCCCAUGUCAAGAAGGAAGAAUGGGUUCCAUCAAGUUAUACACUACAAGUGUACAUCAACUGAUGCAAAUGUUAAACAGGCAGCUUGUGUGGCUGGGAGAUGGACACCAGAGAUUGCAUGUACAGCUAAGGAGAGUGCGUGCCCACCUCCACCUCAGGUGUCUGGUGCUCAGCAGACAACAGUAAGAAGAAACUACAGGAAUGGGAGUAAAGAAGUUUUUUCAUGUCUUGACGGUUUCCAGCUCGUCGGUACAAAGGAAAUAACCUGUACAGAAGGCAAAUGGCAAUCACCACCUCACUGUGUGGAAAGACCAUGUUUGCCACCACAGUCUUUAGAAUGUGCUGAUGCUCCCAGGCUGGAAAAUCCACACUUAAAAAUUGAAAGAGAAGGGAAAACAAUUUAUCUGGCUGGUGCUAGAUUCAAGUAUGUUUCUAACCCUGGAUACAUGUUAAAUGGACCAACAGAGAGAAAUUGCUCUAUGGGAAAAUGGACUGAAGCUCCCUCAUGCUUGGAAAUAUCAUGUGGAAGUGUUCCAAAAGUUACGAAUGCUCAAUUUGAAGGCAGACAGAAGACAUUUUAUGAGCCUGGUGAAACAAUUCGCUACCAGUGUGAUCCAGGGUUCCAGAUUGUUGGUUCCCCUGAAAUUAUCUGCAGAAAGGGAAAUUGGACAACACCACCCUUCUGUGAAGAUGUCAGCUGUGGAGCUGCACCUGAGAUCCCCAAUGGCCACAUUGCAAGCCCUCCUCAGGAGAGGUAUCUGCCUGGGGUCAGAGUGCACUAUCAGUGUGAAAGCAAUUUUCAGAUGACAGGUGGAAAUUACAUCUUUUGCUCAAAUGGUCAAUGGUCACAAGCACCAGUUUGCAGAGAUGUGACAUGUGGACCUCCUAAAGAAAUUGCUGGUGGUAGAAUUGAAGGUAUUAAAAAGUCCAGGUAUAUCCCUGGGGAGAGUGCAAAGUAUCAGUGCUGGAAAAAUUUUAAGAUGACUGGGGAUUCCACUGUAGUGUGCCAGAAUGGGACCUGGACAGAGCCACCAACAUGCAAAGGACAAGCUGGGAGAUGUGGCACACCUCCAGUUAUUCAAAGUGGAGAGCUGCUUGUCUUCCCCUUGCAAGAAUAUCAACAGGGUGAUACUGUGGAAUACAAAUGCCCGGAUUUCUAUAUCUUGGAAGGAUCUCCAACAAUCACCUGUCAUAAUGGGCAGUGGACAAGCCCCCCAGUUUGCCUGGUGGCCUGCACAGCAUCAGAAGAGGAUAUGGACAGAAACAAUAUUGAGCUGAAAUGGGUUGUACGAAGCAAGCUGUACUCCACAUCGGGUGACCAUAUUGAAUUCCGCUGUAAACCGGGAUAUUUGCGAGACCCAAGCAGUUCCAGCUUCAGAGUACAGUGUGUGGAGGGGACACUGAAAUACCCACGGUGCACACCAGGAAGGCGCUGUGUCCUGAACAGGAGAACUAUGGAAGAGAACAACAUUCGGUUGCAGGCAGCCAGCCAUUCGAGCCAUUACUAUCGCUCAGGAGAGUCCGUCAUGUUUGAGUGCAAGAGUGGGUACCGGGAGCAGUCCCAGAUAGAGAAAUUCAGAGCGCAGUGCCUGGAUGGAGAGAUCACAUAUCCUCAGUGUGAAGAAAAAUCGUGGUGGGGGUAAAUGGAAAUGGCAGGAGGGAGCCCAGCUCUGGAAAUGGAAGAGCCCUUAACAAACCCAGUAAUUUCAGCUCAAGGUUUCCUGGUCUUUCCCAUUUUGCUGUGCUUUAGUUUAAGCUAAUCCAAGCUUCUGUCUUGGAAUUUGUUCUUGUUUUUAUUAUUGGAUGGUUGUGUUUGCAUAUUAUCCACAUUAGAUUUAGUUUUGUAAAUGUAUUUACAUUUUAUGCAGCCAGUGGGUUGUGCUUGCAUUUUAUCCACUGUAUACUGAUGGCGCUGUUAUUUUGUUAACAAUUGUGUCCUGAAAACAGGCUGGCUUUGGUGGCAUACUGAGACAAGAAUUAAAGCUGACAGGUAAUUUGAUUAUCAGCACA